AUGCAAUUGGCAGAACUUUGCAAAAUGCAUAGACCUUUAAGCGUCAUAAUGAUGCUGAUAAUUAAUACAGAAGUUGUCGAAGAAGAGACAGAUGUUGAGAUGGCAGAUGUAUCUGAAAAAUUGAUUGAUUAUGAAAACAAUUAUUCUAUUGUAUCAGCCGAAACUACUGUACAGAGUGUAUCUUUUUUGAGAGAAGAUGAGAUUUUUCAAUUCAAAGAGUCUGAUGUCAAGACAACAUCAUUGGCUUCUGACAAUGACGAUCCUGAUUCAAGCGAUGAGUCUGAAGAUGAGAGCAAAGUUGAGGUUGCCAGUGUUGAAGAUUUUGAAGACAUGGUUGCUUCCGAAAUACUUGCCUUUGUAGUUGCUUCUUUGAAAAUUCAUGAAAUGUCUCAAACAAGCCAAUUCAUGGCUAUAUUUGGCGUUAUCUUUCAUGCGUUUUACUUGGUUCAAGCAGAUAGAACUGCUAUGUUAAAAUUCUUCCGCCAUCUUCUUGUUGCCUUUGAUAAGGAUACUGAUCUCCCACUCACCAUUGAUGCAUUAAAGACUAUGACUGGCUACAAUUUCAUGACAAAAAGCAUCGUCAAAUACACCGUCUGCAACAAGUGCUUUGCAAUUUAUCUACCAGGCAAUUGCCAACCAAAUUGCACAUUCAAAAAAUAUACAACCACACCACUAACAUACUGCAGAAAUCCUCUUUUCUCUGACACCAAAGCUGAUCGCGCCGUCCCUCUCAUGGUUUUCCCAUACAACUCACUCAAGAAUGCAUUGGCACAGCAUUUUGCCAAACCUGGUGAAAAAAUGAUUUCCAUUGCCAAUCCCGAUGAAGUUCGUUGCAAAUGCACAAGAUGCAAUCGCAAUCCUCUUGGAUACACCAUGACAGAUAAAAGAACUGCCAAGCGUCAUGCCCAGAAUGAUAAUGACAGGAAUAUGGAUAAAACCAUUAAUGAACAAAUAGUUUUGACAGCCGAAGUAAACACUGGUGAAGCUGAUAUGGACGUAGAUCAAAUUGAAGAACAUAUUGAAUAUGAUAAUUACUCCGAUGGUGCACCCUCACCAGAGCAGUAUGUCAAUACCCACUUACCUCUUUUGGUGGAAGAAUCUCUUUUUGAAACAGAGGAGUAUACCUCAGAGUAUGAGUCUGAAUAUGAGUCGUCGGAUGAAUUUGAGCAAGAAGAACAGAACAGAGAGCAAGAACAGGAGUCUACAGAAAACCUUCCAGAGAAUAUUUGGCAUCGAGUAAUUGCGGUUUUCACUGUGAUAUUUAUUUCUAGCUUCAUUGUGGAUGAAGGCGCAGUAAUUUUGAUUACAUUCAUAAAUACAACCCUCAAACAUUAUGGAGAGAAUUUCCGACUUCCCACAAGCAUUCUGGAGUUGGUAGUAAGACGCAUUAUUGAGAAUGGUGCUCGUUGGUCUGAGCUUCAUCAACUUGUGUACUUUGAGCCAGUGCGUGCAACCAUUAUCGAUCCCAUGCACAACCUUUUUCUUGGGACUGCAAAACGAAUGAUGGAUAUUUGGAUUGCAAACAAUUUGCUUGAUGACAAAAAUUUUGUAGAGAUGCAGGAAGAGGCUAAUAGAAUAGUACUCCCUGUAGGGUAUACGACUCUGAAAAUAAAGAUUGGAAAGAAAUUUCCAUUUAUGAAGGCAGAUGAGUGGAAAUCAUGGUGCCUGAUAUACUCUCCUGUUCUGCUUAAGACACGCCUGCGAGAUGAUCUGCUUGGCAAUUGGAUUCAUUUUGUCGAUGCAUGCAGAGAAUUGACGAAGCCAAGUAUCACCAAAAAUGGGAUCAAAAAAGCUCACGAAAGUUUGGAGGAGUUCUGUGUUGGUUGUGAAGACUUUUAUAAACCAGAUGUAUUCACGCAAAACAUGUAUCUCCAUCUCCAUCUAAAAGAAACGAUUGAGGACUUUGGGCCAAUUUACGGAUUUUGGCUAUUUAGCUUUGAGCGCUAUAAUGGUGUAUUGAAAGGGUUUGAGACAAACCAGAAGAGUGGGUUCGAGAAUACCUACAUGAAAAGGUUUCUUGAGAGUUCUUACAAUGGUGACUUUUGUCAAGCGCAUCUCAGAAAUGUUACCAGUCCUUUACUCCUCUCUCUCUUUCUCAAGCUGUCUGGUCGUAAAAUCUAUAAUCCUGCACUUUCGCCACAUCCUUUGAUACCGUCAUUCUUUCACUUGCCAACGUUCUUACAAUCCGCUGAAAAGCCUUCAAAGCAAACAUUUGGCAACGAACCUCUACCUCUUUCCGCUCUACCAUUAUGUUUGAAGCCACCAACAACAAUGAGAAAAUCCGAGUAUGAUUGUCUGCUCGAUAUCUAUAAAAUUGAGUAUGACAAUGAUUCUCUUUGCAGUGCCAAGACAACAAUCAGGAAUUGUUGGUUUGUGAAUGACCGAAUCCAGAAGAUUUCGUCCAUCAAUCUUCUUGGACAAGUUUACACAGGUGGAGAAGGCUUGGUCGUGAGAGGAUCGCAUAUACAAGCAAAAUUUAUUGAAAAAAGUGGAGACUCUGAGGAAAGAUAUGCUGGUCGUAUUAAGUACUUGUUCUUGCACGAUUUUACACCAAACCUUACACACACCAACCUUUCCCCUUGUCACAACCCCCAACACGUAUUUGCCUUUGUUGAGUGGUACAAAAUUCCUUGCUAUCAACCUAGAAUCAAGCAGGGCAUCGAGUUGUAUGAGCCAGAAUUUCUGAAGUAUGACUACGACAACAUUCUGCCUGUCCACCACAUCUUGUCGCCAAUUGCAAUUGGAAGUCAUGUGUCUGGUAGUGGUGCGGCAAAAGUCGUUGUUAUUCCUCUGCCAAGAAAGCUAUACACUUAA